CAGAGGAAGCCAAACGAGAAAGAGAGAUCGGAAAAAUGACCCCCACUCGCGGUGAUGAGAGGAUAGAGGGGCGCUCUUAUAAAGACUAUGCUUACAGUCCUGUACCAGUGAGUUCCUCUUCGGCAGUGUAUGGUACCAGCACCCCCGGAAGAGAAUCCGUGGAAUUGAACAUACGCGGUAAGGAGUCGUACGAUAGGACGUCGUUACGCACUGUCAACAAUCGUCCCGAAGAGAUGACGGAGAAAGGUUCCAAGCGCCUUCAAUUCCUGGCUGCUGCGGCGGCUAAUCUAAGUGUUUUCGCGACUGGUGCCGUGUCGGGAUGGACAAGUCCGAUCCUUCCUAAAUUAGAAGACGACGGAGGGCCUCUGGGAUCGCCGAUCAGUAAGGAUCAAAGUUCCUGGGUAGGAUCUUUGCUGUCUCUCGGUGCUAUGGUUGGCAGCUUUCUGGCGGGAUAUCUCGGAGAAAGAUGGGGUCGCAAACGAACGUUACUCUCUUCGUUGGUGCCGUUUUUAAUUGGCUGGAUACUUGUCGCCACUGCAGUUCAUGUUGCUCAGCUUUACGUUGCGCGAUUCAUAUUUGGGUUGGCUUUAUCUUUCUCGUUCACGAUUGUCCCUAUGUAUUGUGGUGAAAUCGCUGAGACUUCUAUCAGAGGAGCGUUGGGUUCUUUUCUUCAGCUCUUUAUCACACUCGGUUACCUAUAUUCCUUCCUUAUUGGACCAUAUGUCUCCUAUACAGUCUUCUGGAUUCUCUGUGCCAUCCUGCCGGUUCUCUUCUUCGUAUGCUUCAUGAUAAUGCCGGAGUCACCAUAUUUCCUUCUCACCCAGGGCCGCAGAGAUGAGGCGGUUGCAUCUCUGGCAAAGUUUCGUAACAAAUCCGAAGCGGCUGUCCAGAAGGAAGCCGAUGAAAUGCAGAUGAUGCUCGACGAAGCUUUCAAGAAUCAAAUUACCUUCUCAGAUCUGUUCAAGGUGAAGGCAAAUCGUAAAGCGUUAAUUUACACCUGUGCAUUGGUUUCCUUCCAACAAUUCACCGGUAUCAACAUCGUCCUGUUCUAUAUGCAGCCGAUCUUCAUUUCUGCCGGAAUUUCCAUUCCAACUGAGCAAGCGACGAUUAUUAUCGGUGUUGUACAGGUGUUAGCAUCAGGAAUAACACCCAUAGUUGUCGAUAGGUUUGGCAGAAGAGUACUCCUCGUUUUCUCUAGUAUCGGAACGACAGUUACCUUGUGUGCUCUGGGUUUGUAUUUCUAUCUGAAGGAAGUGCAGCAAGCGAACGACGUGGUAAACCAGAUAUCCUGGUUGCCGGUGGUCGCGCUCGUCCUCUUCAUCAUCACGUACAGCGUGGGUUGGGGUCCGCUCCCGUGGGCGGUGAUGGGCGAAAUGUUCGCCUCCAAUGUCAAGGCGAAGGCUUCCAGUAUAACGGUGUCAGUCUGCUGGUUCCUGGCAUUCCUCCUCACCAAGUUCUGCAACAAUCUCGAGGAGGCGUUCGGCAACUACGCGACUUUCUGGGUGUGCGGAGUCUUCUGUCUUAUCAGUAUCUUGUUCACGGUGCUUCUGCUACCCGAAACGAAGGGCAAGACUCUUCAGCAGAUUCAGGACGAGCUUAGUGGAGCGACUUCGACCACUUUACACGCCGAGAACGGAACGAAGAAAUGAAAAGGAAACACUCCUCAUCAUUCUGACGAAUGGUGUACGCUAAAUGGUGUACCCGAUGAACUCGCAAUACCUCGAAGAGAUUAGAUAUAUGCAAAUAAAAUACGCAGGGUAAAGUUUUAUAUCUUUGAAGAUUUGGAGAUUCAACAUUUUCGUAGCAGAAGAGAACCAAGCAGAGUGUCAGAAAUGCGUAAACAGAUGCCUGAUUGAUACAUGUGCCUAUCGUUUUACUGCCAAAUUUAUAAAUUUAUAAUAUAUAGAUAAUAUAGGCAAGAAAAAAUAUUUUUAACCUGGAAUCAGUGCUCAGUCUGUUUAACAAGUUUCAAUCAUGAAGAAAAAUAUAAAACGGAUCGAACGGUCGUUUAAAUGAAUCGUGAGAAUAAUUAAUAUUCAGGAAAUUUGGAGUAAAAUGAAAAUAGAUAGAUUCUAUUUUUGCUCACAUAUAUUGUACAGACAAUUUUGUUUCCUACAUGGGACCAAAAAUAUCAUAAUUUCAUUGUCUUCCAGACACCUUUACGCAACGCAGCUCCUAGUGAUUACAUGUGUAUAUAAUAUAGAAGAUACAUAUCUUGCAUAUUUAUAAUUACACUCGCGUGUAAUGAUACGUUUCAUUAUUCAUAAACUUCAUUUUCCAAGCGCAAAGGAAUUUGUGAUAUGCCAGUGAACGUUCCUACGGACGUUUCCAAGCAAGUUCCUGUUUGGCCCGUGAUUAGGAAACGUGUGACAAAGCUAAAACAGCUAAUUAUUCUACUUGUAUUUUAUCGGGGUUUUUGUAGUAUUACAUACGCUGAUUGCAGACGCAGCGUAGAGCACGAAACGACGACAAAAUUAAUUUCACAGCGUAUUCCUUGUUCACGGAUGAAAGACUAGUCAUUUUGUGCACGCAACACGUUUGCAUAAAGAAUAUGUAUUUAAUAACGAUGACACCAGAGAUGUCGAAAUUAAAAAAAAAAAAAAAAAUCACAAUCAAUUAUUAUAUUAUCGAAACUUUAAAUCAUUGGAAAUGUCAAUAAAUUGUUGUAUUUAUAUAUAUGAUGAAGAAAAA